UCCAGCCGCGACAGAUCUCGAGCCCAUGUGGCAUUGCUUACAGAGCUUCCCAGCCUGUGAGUCAGGCGUCCCACCACCACCACCACCACCACCAGGAGCUGCCUGCGAGUGAGGUUUACCCACAAUUUCUCCCGGUUCGGGGGAGCCAAGCGGCGCUGGAAUCCAGCAUCUGGGGGGGGGGGGCGCUCGGGACAGGCUCCCCCGGCUUCCGCAGCCGCACAGAGAGGCUACCCGCGCCGGGGUCCGCACACACGACAAUCACCAACCCCUCCCCAACUAGCAGGGCACGCAGGGAAAGCAGGGCGCGAGGCUGUGCCACCCAGCCGGCCGAAGAAGCGGGAGCCCCGUGGGCUGGCCGGGAAAUCACGGCGCCGAGGCACCGAAAGCGAUCUCGGGGUCCUCACCGUGCGCCGACUCUGCGCUGGGCGCUCAAGGGCUGGGAAGGGGCUAGGAGCUGCCCGGACGCGGGAAGCCCACGGCGCCGGCUCCACGCCUCGCGCGCCCUCCAGCAGCCCAGCCUAGCAGGGCCCGGGCGCGCAGCCCGCGCCACUCCGCGCGGGGCAGGGGACGUGGCUUUCCGCCUCCCGCCGGCACCCUACGACCCGCCCGAGACCCCGGAAGAAAGAUGAGCCGCGCGGGGCCCAGAACUGCGACCGCCGCCGCCCCUCCGCUUACCGCUCCCCGCCGCGGCUUCGUCCUCCCGGGCGUUGCCUCCCCAGCCUCGGCCCCGGCUCCGCGGCCCCCUCACUCCACGGCGCCCGGGCCCCCCCCCCCCCGGCGCCCUCUGAGCCGAGCCCUCAGCGCGCCCGCCGCGCCUCGGGUGCCGGUGGGCGCCGCGCCACGGGAUGCGCAGCUUCAGCCUCGGGCGGCGCUACUGCGAGCCGAGCGGGCGGAAAAUGCAUAUGAAGAGAGAUUACUUACCAACAGGUCAAGAGGAAGUGGUUUCAUUAAAUUUUUAAAUGUUCACACAGGUAAUCAUAAUGUGCAACCAGGAUUUAGAACUCUUCAAAAGUGUCAGUACCCGUUGUCAUUUGCUCCCCUCUUCACCCCCAGUUUUGCCUUCAAUUGAUUGGAAUCUGUUUCUGGAUUACAUCUACUCUUGCAAAGCCUGCCCCCCACCCCCCACCCCAUACAACAGGCCUCGAAGAUCUGCCAUUCUGGUGUUUUCCAGGAAGCAUCUGGCACAUCAGUUCCACAGAAGAGUGCUUCAGUGUGCCUGGGUACCUACCAACUCCAUCAGCUCUUCCUCAUCCUUUCUGAAAAGCUCUUGGAAGGCAGUUUCUUUUGUCAUCGUCCCUCUCAAAAUGUGACCCCAACAAUAAAUUCAAGGUUUCAUCCCAAAUAACACAGAGUAAAAAAAUGGUUAAUGGCUUUGUUCUAAUUACGGUAUUUCCUCAAGUAAAUCCUGUGGGCUCUUAUGGCAGCAGUAUUACCCUCAUGACUCCUAUAUUACAAUCCACUAAAAUUCUGAAGCAGUCGUCUUUUUCACAACUGCCCAGAAACACACCUUCCUGACCUAUACUCAUUAUUGCUGGUGUUCAUCACUUAACAUGUGAUUGAUUCCAUUAAGUUCGAUUGUGCUAAGUUAGGCCUCUUCUUCUAGCUUGUUGACAUGUUGAAUAUCACUGAUGUAAUUGAGUAAUUCUACCUUCCAAUUUUGUCUUCUGCACAUUCGGUCUGUGUGCCGUGUCAUCAUUCAAGUCCUCAUUCCCAGGCACUUUCCACUGCCAACUGACACUGAAUCAGCACGCUGUUGAUGAAUAUUCUCAUCAAUGGAGAAUCCAUGUGUUACUUAAUUAUAUUUUCUUUUGUCGUCCCAGAGCAGCAGCUAAUGUGCAUGUGUGCGUGGUGUCUUUGUGGAAAUUAGUAAAAGUUACCCACCCUUACCCAGGCCAACAGAUUAGGAAAAAGCAAUUUCUACCACCCAGAUACAGCUGAAACAACAGAUGUGUUUUGUCUAUUAGAUGUCCUUGCUCUACUGGUGUAGCAAUAUUGUCAAAAAAAGGAAACAACUACUUAGUGAAUUCUUGUUAACUUCUGGAUUUCUUCCUUUUCUAAGUGCCCAGAUACCAUUUAAGAAUUGGUUUGUUAAUUUUGUUCAAGAUCUGUAAAAAGCCCCUUGUCUUGGCUUCAGGAAUCUCGCGGCUUCUUUUUUGAAAAUUGGAACUCUACUUCUCCAUCUCUGGUCCUUUACUGUUCAUCUCUCUCUGUGCUGAUUUGAGAUGAAAGUGAUUAUUUACAAACUCUUGGCUGAGAUGUAAUUUUUGGAGACGAGAAGUUAAGCUUUAUAGAACUAGGUUAUUUCCUCACAGAUUCUUCACCUAAGUUUUCAAACUUUUACAAUGUUCAUUUCACUCUUUCGGUUAGAGGAUUAUUUUUUUCAUGAUAAAGAAGAAAAAAGGAAUGAGUUCUGUUUGUCAUCUAUCUCGAGUAGGUGCAUUCCUUCUAUGUUCUUUUUGUCUGAACAAAACAAAAAAUAUAUAUAAACAAAAUAAACUAUAUAUAUUUUUCUCCUUAGUUUAUUUUUGGC